ACCGUGAUCAGAGGUGCGUACGUCUGACGGUGCCGUCAGUGUUACGCACGGAGGAAAGCGGCGCUGCCAUUGGUCAGCAUUUUCGAGGUCGCUGCCCGCCGCUGUGCCCUCCCAUCCGCCUCACUCCAUCCUGCCAGCCAGAGAGCGAGUGAAGCGUAUGAACCGGAGCGGUUGCCGUGUUUUUUGGGCUUCUCCUGCCGGAGGUUGGAGGACGGGACAGCGGAGCAUCGGCUGAGGUGCGUCCCAGACUCCGGGUUAUUUCUCUAUCCUCAUCCCUAAGAUGCUUCCCUGCCUGCGGAGAGUCCUGCGGCCUGCCUUCUCCUUGACAGCCGGGAGAGGACUGUCCAGAGCCGGACACAGGAGCAGCGAACCAUCCGCUGUAGUAUCAGGCUCCCCGGGGAGGCUCGCCUCACAGCCUCCGCUCUCCGCGCUGGUGCAGCGAUGCUACUUGGGCACACAUCCCCUGAAGGAACCCGUGGAGCCCCUCAACUCACCCCGCGGAGCCAAGGACUUCAUUUACAGCCUCCAUCCGUCGGAACGCAGUUGUCUGCUGCGGGAGCUGCAUAAGUUCGAGUCCAUAGCCAUUGCUCAAGGGCAACUGGAAAUCGCACCACCUACUUCAGCCCAGUUGAGAUAUAUCCUGCUGCAUAAUGCCAUCCCCUUUGUAGGAUUUGGAUUCUUGGACAACUGCAUCAUGAUUGUUGCUGGCACACAGAUUGAGUUAUCCAUCGGCGUGGUUCUUGGCAUUUCAACUAUGGCAGCUGCUGCUCUUGGCAACCUGGUAUCUGAUCUGGCAGGACUGGGGCUGGCAGGUUACGUGGAGGCCUUGGCAUCUCGACUCGGCAUGCAGAUUCCCGAGCUGAGUCCGAAGCAGGCGGAUAUGUGGCAGACCAGGGUCAGCUGUCACACGGGUAAAGCCAUCGGUGUGGGUAUCGGCUGCAUCCUCGGCAUGUUUCCUCUUCUUUUCUUUUCUGACGAUGAUGAGAAGAAGGAAGGACAGACAGAGACGAAGGAUAAAAUCCCACCUGCUCCAGCAGGGAGCAGCAAAAACUGACCAAUUCAAGACGUUUACUCUUUGUAGUCCUGAUGAAAACCUGUCUGUUUGUGAGACUGACUGGUCUGUCCUCGCCGUCUGGAGAGUAUGAGAACGGACUGUUCUCCAGACACGUCCCAAGAACCAAACUAUCAGGGUAUUCUGAGGAGGAUUUUCCAUGAUAUAUUUGACAAAAGCACAGGAGACUGGUUAUGUGUUGGAAGAGUCCAGGCUGGAAGGCUGCUAAAUCAUAACAUCUACUGAUACAGACCUCUGCUUUAAGUCUGUUAAAUCACUUCAUUAUUAUGCACAGGCUUUAUAUCACGAGAUGGCAGCUCGGCUGACCAAAAUUUGGACGACUGUUUAAAACGUUGCAGCAGAGUUUGCAGCCACAAAACACUACUAAAACAUAUUCCAGCAUAAGCUUUGUUAUAUAUAUUUUUCCAGUUAUCGUCGACUCAUUUAGUUCAUUUCUGUUAACGUUAUGCUUUUGUUAUAUCUUAUGUUUCCCAAUCAACAAAUUAGUCCAAAUCUCUCUUACAGUUAAACAUCUCGUAUAAUUUCACUGUUUGUUUUUACAUAUGACUUGCUAAAGCAGUAAUCCAUGCGCACUAGCUAAGUACAACCUUUGGAAAGCCUUUAAGAGCCAGUUUUAAGAGUGUGUUGAAGUGAAGAGGUGAGCUAACCGAGGUGAAAUUAUGUCUAUCUCGAAUACGGCUCCAAAACUGUUCUAUUUGCCUCCCUCAGCUGAACAGAAACAGCGGCACUGACCCGCUGUUUCUUCCGUACCUCCGUCAUAAAUUGAGCUCUGCUGCCCUCUGCUGGCCAACGCACCACUGACGUGUUCUUCUUGCCUCUUCACCAGUCCCACUCAUGGUUUUCCACCUGCAGUUGAUCUGAUGUCGAUUAUCGUUUCCCUCAGCUUAACGUUAACCAACAAGAUAUUCAACAUGUUAUUUUUAUUUUCUUAUUUUUAUUUUUUUGCACGUCUUUGGAAUAUUAAAAUUGAAGGAAGCAACCAAAUACAAAAAUAUUUGCCCCCUCAUGGAGUUUUUCCAGCUUUUGCAUUUUGUCGUACUUAAUUUUCAAAAAGUCAAAUUCUGCCUUUACUAUUCUGAGUAAAGGCAGUUUCAAAUGUUGAUUAGAUCUAUUUAAUGUAAAAAUCUAUCAUAAUAACUCAGCUUGCUUCCUGUGGGAUAAGUAAUCGCUACCUUGUCUCAUCACAAAUUAAUUUUAAGUAGCUUUUUUUCAUGAAAGUUGAGGACAAUUUACUCACACACACAGUGUCAGAGCUCUAGAAUCAACAAAUCACUUAAAUAAGACAUGUCUGAGUGGUUAAAUUUGACCAUGAGGUCUUUAAAAUCAACACUUCGCGCCCUGAUCUAAAAGAAUUCAACAACUGAAGUGAAAUUAUGUCACUAAGAUUUAUCAGUCUUGAAAGAUUUACAAAGUUAAAGAUGGUAGUGUGAUGGUCUGGGGCUGCAUUGCUGCUUCAGGAACUGGGCAGCCUCCUGUAAUUAAUGGAACCAGGAUUUCCUCCCCUUACUAUCAAUAGAAGAUUUUUUCUUACUGUCUAUUGUAUCUUGAUAGAGAAUGUCAGGCCAUUGGUUUGUAGCCUUGAGAUAAAGGAUAUUUUAAUUUUAUGUAGCGGGGUAUUUAUCCAAAGCACAUCAGCAGCUCCACCUUAGAACCGCUCAAAAAUAAAACAAACAUUUAAAAAUGAAACAAAAGGACAAUUCUGGAAUAGCCUAGUCAAAGUACCAAUAAUCAGAUUUGGAUGCGGUGACGUGACCUUAAGCAGACCACUGAUGCUCAAAAGCCCUCAAAAUGUGACUGGAUACAAACAAUUUGACCAAACGAGAAGAUAUUUGAAGCUAUUUGUAAGGGAGUAAAUGCUUUCAUACAGCACAGUAGUUCUGCUAAAAACUUUAUUUAUUUUUCUUUAAAUAUUUAUAUUGUGCUAUUCUUUCCUGGAAGAAGAAAAAAAAUGCACCCAGAGUCUGCAAUAUUCACACACAAAAUGCAUUUUUCUUCUAAGCAGAAGGAGAUUUGAGCUGACUAAAUGCGGUCUUAAAACAAACAACAAAAAACACUCGGUGUAUACGACUGUUCCAGCUUUGUACUGUGUGUAUAAUACAAAUCCUGAGAAGUUAUAAGAAUGAACAAAAUGUACAGAGAAAUAUAAAUAUUUAUGUAGUUUAUACAUUGCCAUUUUGCAUGCGUAGAUAAGUGUGUAUCCUCUCGGGUUGGUAGUGAGAUAUGAAUGAUGAGGGAAUUUAAUCAGCCAGAACUCUAACAUGUAAAGGAGUGAGUUUUUGCUCCAUACUUUUUGUGGCCC